GAGGCGGGGGGACAAUACAGACAUCCUAGAUGCUCUCUAUUCUACCCCCUCUCUGUAUCUCUCCCCACCCCCUCUCUUUUCUCUCCACCCCUCUCUCUCCCACUCCCUCCGCCAUUCCAUCAGGUCCUCACAAACACAGAAGUUCAGAGGGAAGACAGCUCUCUUACCAGAGAAGGAAAGAAACAAAGAAACGGAGGAAGAGAGAAAGAGUGAGAGGAAUAAAAAAAGAAGUGGUAUUAACAGUGGAGGACAAGUUUUGGAGGAGAGCAAAGGGAGAGAGGGGUGGUUUGGGUGGGGGGUGGGUAGCGUACAAGGCUGCUCCGUCUGUCUCCUCCAUCCCUCCGUCUCCGUCGCCGUGGGUUCACAGCUCUCCCUCCCCCCCUCCCUCGCUCCCUACCUCCCCCGCUCGCUGCUGGCGGGAGCCUCCGAGCUGCUGCGGCGGAGGUCGUCUCGGAUGGAGUCGCCGAGAGACGUAGGAGGAGAGACGAUGGAGCGCGGGGAGCGGGCCGAGCCUCUGACCGAUGCCGAGCGGGAGAUCAUCCAGAACACCUGGGUACACGUCUAUGAGAACUGCGAGGACGUGGGCGUGUCGGUCCUCAUAAGGUUCUUUGUGAACUUCCCGUCGGCCAAGCAGUACUUCAGCCAGUUUCAGGACAUGGAUGACCCAGAGGAGAUGGAGCGCAGUGUCCAGCUGAGGCACCACGCCCGCCAGGUGAUGGGCGCCAUCAACAAGGUGGUGGAGAACCUCCACGACCCAGAGAAAGUGUCCUCUGUUCUGGCUCUGGUGGGCAAGGCGCAUGCUGUCAAACACAAGGUGGAGCCUAUGUACUUUAAGUGUUUAUCUCACUUCCUCCCUUUCUCCAUCUCUCAGAUCCUGUGUGGUGUAAUGCUGGAGGUGUUCUCGGAGGACUUCCCAGAGUUCUUCACGGCAGAAGUGCAAAUGGUGUGGACCAAACUGAUGGGGGCGGUGUACUGGCAUGUGACGGGCGCCUACACAGAAGUUGGCUGGGUGCAGCUCUCCAGCUCGGCAGUGUGAGGGGCGAUAGCGGGGGUGAUUUUUAGGGCUGAGACUGUUCAUAGAAUAUCUUGUUGUGUUCAACUUUUGGGGGAGUCUUUCCCCUCUCCCUGCUGACUCAUUGUGUGUACUUUACUGUAUAGCCCCUGAGAUGUUGUCUGUAUAGCCCCUGAGGCGUUGUCUGUAUAGCCCCAGAGGUGUUGUCUGUAUAGCCCCAGAGGUGUUGUCUGUAUAGCCCCUGAGGUGUUGUCUGUAUAGCCCCAGAGGUGUUGUCUGUAUAUCUCCUUAGGUGUUUUCUAUAUAGCCCCUGCGGUGUUGUCUGUAUGGCCCCUGAGGUGUUGUCUGUAUGGCCCCUGAGGUGUUGUCUGUAUAGCCCCUGGGGUGUUGUCUGUAUAGCCCUUGGGGUGUUGUCUGUAUAGCCCCGGAGGUGUUGUCUGUAUAGCCCCUGGGGUGUUGUCUGUAUAGCCCCUGAGGUGUUGUCUGUAUAGCCCCGGUGGUGUUGUCUGUAUAGCCCCUGGGGUGUUGUCUGUAUAGCGUACAGUAAGUGAGCGUGUGUAUUCUCUAUGCCCUCAUCCAACCCUCAUUGUAGUAUUGUAAAUCUCCAAUGCUUUCAAGGGAACUAAGGGCUCCAUUUUAGGGAGUUUUGUUGCUCACUGAAUGUAUGCCACUUUGGAUUCCCAAACACACCCUGUCUCUUUCCAUGCCCAUCUCAUGCACUAUACAAACACACCCAUCUGCUAACACCCUGUCCAUACGGCAAGUGGCUAUUUAAAUGUAGAAACAAUUUCAAAGUGAUGGGAUAGAGACACAGGCUGACAGACCACUGUUAAGGUGCCAUCUCCUCUUUAUAAGCAUGCAUGCACGAGCACACACACACACACACAAACACACACAUACACUCUACCACUCUGCCGAAUUUGACCGCCCACAUGCUAAUAUUUACGGAGCAUUUACUUGGUUUACAUUUCCUCAUUAAACUCUCCAUUAAGGGUUUAAGAAACUGACUCCGGAGGUCUCUGGAAAUACAACGGACCCUUUGAAGUAGCAUCAGUGUAUCUUUCACCUCUGAACCACUAGGGUAAGAAAAAAUAUGAAUAUCGACCAUAUCUGAUAUACUAAGCACUCUACAACCCUACCAAGAGGUCUAGACACUUUGGUACAGUUUAAACCAUGUUGGGUUGGCAUGUACAAUACGGUGCCACAAGUUGGAGCCCUGCUCCCGACUUUUCCCCUGAAUACACUACAAAUGGAUUUUGAGUGUCGGUUUAGAUCCAAUCUCCUCUGUGUCUCUGAUAGUAACUCCUCUGGUCCCUCUCAGAUUUGCCAUUUACCAUUAAUAAGGAAGUAAUGGGGCUCCGAUCUUCCUCUUGUGGUCAUUCAUCAAAUAUCUCCCCUACUCUCUCAUCCUUUCUUUCCUCUGGCCAAAUGCUGAGAGAGAACGUCCCUCUAUCGGCUUUGCUACCAUGGCUAUUUGGCUAAUAAUAUAAUUAUAUUCAUAUUCUACUGCCUUCUCCUUUGUUGUUUUUUUGGAGGCCAGCAGUAAAGUUACAAGAUCAAGGAUAUACAGUUGGCUUAUAUGGCUGACAAAUAACCGCCACAGGAAGUUGAGCUAAUACAAUAUGACAAACUCAUUCAGCAAGAGACCAGUGGCUGUAGAUGAGAGGAAAUGAGGUAGAUUACUGUAGAAGUUGUUGUCUAUAAUAAAUUAUCUCUCCCAUCACACCUACAGAACAAUACACUCACCAGUCUCACACUGCUAGCAAAACAUUUGACCUCAGAUCUUGAGUACAAACCCGUUAGAGGUCAGGCUCCUCUGUUCCUCUGAGUAGCUCGGGGUGGAGGAGUAUUUGUGUUGGGCGCGAGCCGCUCCGACAGGUUGUUUUAUUAAACACGUCACCCAUAAUUCACAAAAUGGCGACAUUUAUUUUUAAAAUUCUCCCUUAAGCUGUAAACUCUUACCCUCCAUCUGCAGAGCUUUCCUCCCUGACACACACACACACACACACACACACACACACACACACACACACACACACACACACACACACACACACACACACACACACACACACACACACACACACACACACACACACACACACACACACACACACACACACACACACACACACACACACACACACACACACACAUCAUAUACUACAUCUGGGACUUCUUGUUGUGAAUUGUUUUUUUGCCAGUGAGUUUUAAAGCCUGGACUUUAUAUUUUUCUAAAUAUAUAAAACACAAUAAUUAUCUGUUUAUGUAUUUGGAAUGGAAUACUUUAUAUAACUAUGAUUAUAUACAUUUGUUGACUGGGGCAGUGGGAGUGGUUUUGUGCUGUUUUAGCAUGUGUGCACAGCCUCCUACAGACGUGUACCUUUGCAGACCUGGUGAAAUGAACUAUUAACAACUAUCAAUAAAGUGAUAAUUACCUA